AUGUCCUCCCCUCUCUCAUCCCUCCCUCUUCACUCCGCUCGCAUCCCGUCCUCCCAUCUCUCAUUUCUCGCGGAACUCUCUCAUCCCGUCCACCACUCUGUCAUCCCGUCCUGCGCUCUCCCAUCCGUGACUCUCCGCUCUCAUCCCGUCCUCCGCCCUCUCAUCCCUCCCUCUCUGCUCUCGUCCCGCCCUCCCCUCUCUCAACAACUUCCCUCUUCGCUCUCAUCCUGUCCUCCGCCCUCUCAUCCCUCCCUCUCUGCUCUCGUCCCGCCCUCCCCUCUCUCAACAACUUCCCUCUUUGCUCUCAUCCCGUCGACCGCUCUCCCUCCCCUGUAUCCCAUCCCUCAUCCCGUCCGCCGCUAUCUCUUCCCUUCCUCUCCUCUACAAUCCCCUCCUCCGCUCCCUCACGCCUCCCUCUCCUCACCUAUCCUGUCUGCCGCUCUCUCAUCACUCCCGAUGCCCGUGUUCCCCACUCCCCCGCAGGGCGCGUCGCCCCUGUUUCUCGUCCGGGCCGUGCUCUACCCCGCGCUGCAGGGUGCACGGGCCUCGGUCUCAGGUGCCCUCACACGUCCCCUCCGCCCUUCUCUCAUCCCCUCCUCCCAUCUCUCCUCCCCUCCUUCCCUCCCUCGCCCGCUCCUCCCAUCGCUCAUCCCCUCCUCCCCUCUCUCAUACCCUCUUCCCUCUCUCAUCCGCUCCUCCCCUCCCUCAUCCCCUCCUCCACACUCUCAUCCCCUCCUCCCCUCUCUCAUCCCCUCCACCCCUCUCUCAUCCCCUCCCUCUUUCUCUCAUUCCCGCCUCCCCAUCACUCCUCCCCUCCUUCCUUCUCUUAUCCCGCCCUCCCCUCUCUCAUUUCCUCCUCCCCUCUCUUUUCGCGUCCUCCCCUCUCUCAUCCCCUCCUCCCCUCUCUCAUCCCCUCCUCACGUGGUCACGGGUGUCAUCUCCCAACAAAUCUGA